GGAAAUCGACAACACCGACAACCCAUCAUGGCCUCACAAGAUACCGCCACGAGUGCAACGGCGGACGAUGUCGAGAUGAUGGACUCGCAAGUCUCGGACACGCAGCGUGAACCCAUCCUCAAGAGCGACGACGAGGACGAGAAUGUAGGCGCGAGGUCCGGGUCGAGUUUGGGUGGAUUUUGGGACAUUCAGGGUUGGAAUCCAGACUAUCAGCGGGAGCUGGAAGACGUCGCACGUAGAGGGUUCACGGCAGACUCCGACUGGAUAGCCCUAACCCACAUGCUCAAGAUCAAGAUCGUCAAGAACCUAGCCGACCUCCUCCUCUCCCCUCACAACGCCAGCGCCCUCACCUCCAACUCUUCCUCUUCAACAAACGCGACAUCGACUUCGAAGCAACAUCCUCUCAACCGGGGAGAAGGUUCCGCGGAUUCCUUUGCCGCCGAACCGGAACAGGAUCAGUACGGAACGUCCUCGUCGGUGGUGAUGGACUUGACGCCGAGCACGCAGGGAGGGUUGAUCAUCCCUCCUUUCCCACCGUUGGUCCGGAAUCGAGAUCGUGCGAGAGGACCGGUGGCUUCGGGGUCGUCUUCAAGUCCAGGUGCUGGAGCUGGACAAGGGUAUACGGGGGUCGGACAGGGGCAGGGCGUACAAGGGUACACGCACCAGUCGAUCCAGGCUCAAUCGUCUCAAUCUCAAGCGGGUUCCUCGAGCGCGUACCAGCAGACACAACCCAUCGUCAACGCAGGUGCAGGUUCGGGUGUGAUGGGGGAUCCGUUGUACGAUGAAGAAGCCGCUAUCGGAGGCAAAGUCUUGCCAGGAAAGCUAAGGCCUAGGGAGGCGGAAGGGAUGGUAGAAGGGAUUUGGAGGUUGUUGGACGAGUUUCAAGAUGACCCACCGUUCACCGUUCAGAGAUUAUGCGAACUCGCAGCUUUCCCUACGAAACAACACCGUCUUCCCGGCAAAUACGUCCGGGCACUCGAACGCGUUCUCCUCGUCACCACCACCUUUGAUCCUAAUGCCUCUAUCGGAACGACGACAGGAGGAGAUACGGUAGCGCCCGGCUCGGGCGUCCCUGGAGUUCCACCGGCAUUGGCCUUGGAGAGGCCUUUGUUCGGGCUGAUACCGUUCUUGAAUGAGGAUGCCGGGGAGGAGACGGUCAUGCCCAGGUCGGGUUCUAGCGGGGACGCUUCGUCUUCAGCAGCGGCGUCUAAUUCGGGGACGAGUGCGGUUACGAGCGCUCCGAUGGACAUGGACCUGUCUUCAUCGACACCGCUCGGAGGACCCCCCGUCGCUCCUACCCCAGAACCGUUCCUCGGAAGGGUAGACGAACUGGAUGCCGGUCCGCUCAUCACCCCGCCCUUACCCACCGAUACGAACUUAGCCGGGACAGGUAUGGGCGGACCGAGUACGGGACCAGGACCUGCCGAGGACCCUCACCGAUUACGUGCGGAUGGCGAGACGGGUAGUGGUGGAGCCGGAGGCGGGGUGGUCCAGCACGGGCUGAGCGAGAGGCCGAGGGCGAUCUCGAGCACGACGGAUCUGAGCGCUCUGGACCCAUCGGGAGGAGGACUCGGUGCGGGAGGAUAUAGGGAUGGUCACGAAGAGGACGAGGAGGGCGAGAGCGGGAGCAGCGAUAUGGAAUCGGAUACGGCUUCCUCGGCCUCGUCGACCGUCAGCCGGGGCUCCAGCUUGAGGGUCGGUCCGGUCGACAGAACCAAAAUAAUCAGACCGAGAAGGAUCAGCAAGUUGCCGCGAACGGUCUCGACGCAGAGUCUGAACGAUCGGUUCGUGAGUACUGGCGUAGAGGUGAUUGAUCCGGGAAAGGAAGAACGGGCGAGGUUGGGAGGGACGCCGGGUGAGGCGGGUGAGGCGGUCGUUCGCGCCGACGGUGAGGGGAUUGAGGCUGAGAAUCAGCGCAAGACCGGGACACCGGACGGGCCCGAUGAGGGACAUGGGAUCAAGGUCGAGCGGAAGGAAGUACAGGUUGACGAGGGCAAAGAGGGUUUGACGGCAGAUGCAAAGAAGGAGGGAGAGGAAGAGGGCCAGUCGGGCGCGCCGGCCAAAGUGCGCAAGGUCGAGUAAUAAAACGAUCCUGCUUUAGGGGAUGACGGUCACGAUUAGAUGUGGUCAUACCUUAUUACGAUGUCUGUCAUGCAUAUGGGUAUUGUCCUAGAUUGUUUAUAUGCAUGGUCCUCCACUGCCCUCCUAGAUGACGAUCAAAGCAUU